ACAUCUCUUUAGAUACAAGUAAACUGCAGAACAGAGUGCACCGUGCAUGCGUUUCCUUAUUUAGAAAAGCGCGCGAAAUUCAAAUAAGUAAACACAAAAAAAUCAAUUCUGAAUAACAAUAAAUAACAAGUGCAAUCGGGAAUGUGACUGUUGUGUUAUUCAUAGAAUUUAUGUGUCGAAUUAUUUAUUUAUAAAAAUAGAUUUUGUAAUUGGAAUUUUAUGAAUUAAUUUAUUUCAUUUUUUUUUCUAAUAGAACAUUCUAUUAAGUCGUUCAUUGAUCGUGUGAUCGACAUUGAGGAGUAGCUGACGUUUCGUUUUACGAUAUUGAGUCACUGUGUUUGUUAUAUAAACAAAGUAAAAUUAUUUGUGUGGAUUUUAUUGGAUUUUCAAAAUGAAGGAUUUGGUGAAGAUUUGGAGCAAUGUGACCGGUCGUAGGUACUCUUCAGUGAACACAAGUGAAUUAAAUGAUUUCAAUAAACAAAGGCGAUCGGAGAUUGAGAAUUUCGAAGCUAAUUUUGCCGAGUGUGAAAUAUUGAAUAAUAAAUUCAACGAUGAUUUAGAAUUUAAUGACAAGAAAAAUGCGAUUAUCAAUCGGCUGUUUGAGAGAAGAAAGCAGGGACAGAUCGGGAGGCAGCCAAAAUGUCUGUUCAUUCAGCUGAUGCUGGGAUUCUUUGCACUGUCAGCGGGAUGCUUUAUCAUGUUCGUGAAACCAUAUGAUUUCUUCUUCAAGCAGAAAGCCGUAUUAUCUGAUGGAGGCGAAAUCUUCGAGAUGUGGAGAAAGCCUGAGGUGGAACUCUACACAAAAGUCUACCUCUUCAACAUCACAAAUGCUGAGGAGUACAUGGCUGGUAUCGAUGACAAAGUCAAGGUCAAGGAAGUUGGUCCCUACGUUUACAGAGAAUCUCUGGAACAUAAAGUGACGAAAUUCAACGACAAUGCCACCCUAUCAGCGAUUCCGAAGCACCCUCUAACGUGGGUCGAAGAGUUAUCUGAGGGGAACCAAGAAAACGACACUCUCUACCUACCCCAUAUUGCUCUGCUAAGCAUAGCCAAUGUGGUAGCCAAAAAGGACCUCUUCACUCGAUUUGGCCUUAACAACCUGAUAACCUUGACCAAUACGAAGCCGCUGGCCAAGAUGACUGCCAGAGAGUUCAUGAUGGGGUACAAAUCGGAGCUGAUGACUCUUGGCAACACCUUUAUGCCAGGUUGGAUCUACUUCGACAAACUUGGGCUUAUCGACAGGAUGUACGACUUCGAAGGCGAUUUCGAAACGGUUUUCACUGGGGCUGAUGAUGUGAGGAACUCUGGUCUGAUCGACACCUACCGAGGAUCGACAGAUCUGCCCCAGUGGGAAGGGAAACACUGCUCCAAUGUGCAGUAUGCAUCAGAUGGCACGAAGUUCCGUGGUGGUGUGACAAAGAAUGAAAGCAUACUGUUUUACAGAAAGAGUUUGUGCAGAGCUGCUCCUUUGGUACCAAUAGACGAAGGUGUGAAGAGUGGACUCAAAGGUUACAAAUACACUUUCCCAGAAAACAUGCUGGACAACGGGAAAUACAUCAAGGAAAACGAAUGCUUCUGCAGACACGGUUCAUGCCUACCAGUUGGUUUGAUAGACGUCACAGAUUGUUACUACGGAUUUCCAAUUGCUCUCUCCUAUCCUCAUUUCUGGAAGGGAGAUGAAAUACUUUCGAGCAAAGUUGAAGGCCUUACUCCGAACCCUGAGCUCCAUGAGACUGCAUUCUGGAUUGAACCCGAGUCUGGUCUACCUCUGGACGUCAGUUCCAAGUUCCAGAUCAACAUGGCACUUGGAGACAUCUCUUCGAUCAAGAAUGCUGAACGAUUCUCCAACAUGUACCUUCCACUGCUGUGGUUUGAUAUUACUAUGAACGCCCUUCCACCAUCAAUGAAACAACGCUUCGGUUUAUACCUGAACGUCUUACCACUAGUGGAACAAGGAGCCAUGUACCUCCUCUUCGUGACCGGAGCCAUCUUCAUAUUAUCAACAGUCUACAUCCUAACCUUCAAAAUAAUGUUCAGGAAACAACAAAACUUCGAUCAAUGGAAAGAGAAAGAAGGCAUCUACGCUCCUUGCGAAGUCCCACUAAGCGAUACUGAUAUCGAAUCCGACAAUAAACAUUCCAUUUUGAAAAAUCAUAGCGAGAAACUUAAAGAUUUGAGUACUAAGUUCAGUGAUAAAAUGUAUGAUACAGUUGGUAGUGUGAAAGACAGAGUUGUCGAAGAACUGCAACAUGUUAAAAACGUCUUCGAGAGACGAAGUUCCAAACAUGUUGAAAAUGAUUUUAAAAAUGAUAAUAAUCAUUAUACAGCUAUCAAACAAAGUGACAGUGACUCUGAUGAUUGUAAAUAUCUUGAAGUGCUUGAUGAUGGAUCAGGUCUGGUGCCAACCAAAUUCGAAACUGAACGGUCUGAGAAAUUGAAAGAAAUGGACUCAAAUGAUAGGAGGUAGACUUUUGGAGACGAUUUUCCUGGUUUUAGCCAUAUACGUAUGUAGAUGUGUUGAUGCAUAGCCUGUGACUGGAAAAAUCCAUCUCUGGAGCGGAUUUUUCAAGAGUGAGAAAUGGUGUGGAUGUUAAAGAAGCGUUCGAAAUACGUACGAAUUUAAAUAUCUUUACUGUGAAUGUAAAGAUUAAGAAAAUCUUGCCAUGGUUAC